UACCGGUACCACGUCGGAAGCCAAAAUAUUACUGCCAGAUAAAUUUGUAGUUGUUGACCUACCAUCCCGACGAGUGCUAGAGAAUACACUAAGAAAAAUAUUUCCUUUCUACAACCCCCGCCCAAUUCAGUCUCCAAACCCUAAUUUCAAUCCGUUCGUCUCAGUUCGAUUCUUUGGUAAAACUCAAUUUUAUGAGCUCAAAAUCUUUUCAAGAUGGACGAUUCAUGGAGGUAUCGACCAAUUCAAGGUAAUAAUAUCUGUCCUAGUUGUUCAACUCCUCAUUAUCCAUUCUGCUCUCAUAAUCAACCACCACCCCCUUUAGAUCGUAAUGGUUAUGGACCUCCAAUUCAUCACCACCACCACCACCACCACCACCAUCAAAGACCUUAUUUUGAUCCUUACCAUGAUAGUAAUAGUCGUGUUAGGCCACCGCCCCCAAGUUAUGGCAAUCUAAAUGAUGUUUCUUGGAAUAGUAGUAAUCAUGUAAGAAAGUGCCCAGAACCGGUAAUAGGGGUGAAUGGGUUUACGUCGAGUUAUGAUUACGGUAAUGGUGGAGAAUUUUUUGAGAGUGAUAGGAUGAAUAAGAGGAUUAAGGUUGAUAACAAUAUGAAUCCGGGUUCGAUUGGACCAGCGCCAGCGGUUAUUGGUGAUUAUAAUUUGAAUGCGAAUGGAGUUUAUACGGAUGAUGAGCGUAGGUUGGGUUUAGGUAGGCAACAUGGGGGAAAUAGUAGCGUUCAUCCUGGGGUAUUAGGUGGAGGGGAAGCAAGGGGAAGUGAUUGGGUUCCGAGGCCACCAAGUAACAAUGGGGCAACUAAUUUUCAUGAUACGGGGUUUGGUUCUGUUGAUCAGCAACAUAUGCGAAGUGAAACAAAUGGGUUUCAUCCUGGGUUUACAUCUGUUGAUCAUUGCAGUGACAACCAUUUGAAGCCACCUUCCGCUCAGAGCUACGAAGGUAGUGUUUUCCAAACCACGCAGCAAUGUCAGGAUUUUGCAGUUGUACAUGAAGAAAAAGGAUUUCAGCAUAUGAAUCAGAGGGAGGUGUAUUAUCAGAACAAACAGCAUGGAGACAUAAUUCAGCAGCCAAAUGUUUCCUAUGGUGCAUCUUAUCCAGGCACUCAAGCUUCUCAAGGGGAAUUUCGUGCCAACAGUUACCAACCCCUCCAGUCAAAAGAUACUGAACCAACAAAGGGCCUUCAAUCUAAUUUAACGACUUGGCAGAUGUCUCCGGCAUCAUAUUUGCCGAAUCAAGAUCUCCAUCACCAUGGACAUACACGUGAUUUACGACAUUCACAGUUGGAGGGAAUCCAGAAACCUCAUAAUUUCCCUCUUGCAGAUAAAUUUGGUGCCCAAAAUAGCUGGGAGCGUGCACCUCAGACAUUUGGUGUUCAGCCUCCUCUACCUCCUGGACCACCGCCGCCUCUACCAGUGGACCCACCAGGUCCACCUCUAUUACACAUGCAAGCUACAAGGUCACCAAACAUGAUGCCCUCCCUAUAUCCAAUCCCAGUUGGUUCUUUUGAUGCUCCACAUUCAUUGCUGUCAUCAGCUUAUAAAACCCAGUCUUUUCCAUUGAGGCAUCCAUCGCCAGACAAACCAAAGCGCAUUGAUGCUUCUCUCUUACUUCGACAGCCUCAUCGAGCUACUCGUCCUGAUCAUAUCGUUAUCAUUCUUCGUGGGCUUCCAGGUAGUGGAAAAAGCUAUUUGGCAAAGAUGUUACGUGAUCUGGAAGUUGAAAAUGGGGGUGGCGCUCCACGAAUACAUUCUAUGGAUGAUUAUUUCAUGAAUGAAGUUGAAAAGGUUGACGAACGUGAGGAAUCUAAAACUGCUAAAGGCAGAAGAAAAACAGUUACAAAGAAGGUGAUGGAAUAUUGUUAUGAACCUGAAAUGGAAGAGGCUUACCGGGCAAGCAUGCUGAAAGCAUUUAGGAAGACCCUGGAAGACGGUAGCUUCACCUUUAUAAUUGUGGAUGACCGCAAUCUGCGGGUAGCCGAUUUUGCUCAAUUUUGGGCAACUGCUAAGAGGACGGGUUACGAAGUUUAUCUGCUGGAAGCUGCGUAUAAGGAUCCCAUGGGCUGCGCUGCUCGUAACGUGCAUGGUUUCACUUCAGAUGACAUUCAGAAAAUGGCAACAUUGUGGGAGGAAGCUCCACCUUUAUAUUUGCAACUAGAUACCCAGUCACUUAUCCGUGGAAAUGGUCCAAAUGAGAGUGGGAUCCAAGAGGUGGACAUGGAUAUGGAAGAAGAUGUGGCAUGUGAUGAAGGUUCAGCUAAGUUGCAGGAUCCAGGUUCUUUGAGGACAAUGGAACCAUUGGUAAAAGAUGAUGCAACUGAUGGUUUGCUGAAUGAUGGAGAAAGGUGGCAUGAUGAAGGCAAUGAUGAUUCAAUAGGUGUAAAAGAACUAGGUAGGAGUAAAUGGUCUCUUGAUGAGGAUGAAUAUACUGAAAGGCCUAGGGGACCUAAAGGGAAGUUGAAUGCUCCCUCUGGGUUACUUAAACCAUAUAGCAUGAAAAAGAAAUCUGUGCAUUGGGGUGAUCAGGGAGGCCGAACUGGUUUUUCCAUUGGGGCAGCAAAAAAAUCAAGCAUGAAAUCCUUAGUAAUUGGGCCUGGUGCUGGUUACAACUUGAAGUCAAAUCCAGUAAGCGAAGAAGUGAAGAGUGGAAAUGAGUCUAGUUGGGGAACUAAAAGCAGUGUGUUCCAAGAGCAUAUACGUGCAGAGCGUGAAUCCUUCAGAGCUGUAUUUGAUAGAAGACGUCACAGAAUUCAGGGGCUUGAUGCUGAAGAUGAAUGACAACCAAAUUGAUUACGCCUGUGCUCAACCUAUGGCCCCCUAGGCUUGAUAUCAUGCUUAGAUUGAUUUGUUUGUUUGUAUUGUACACUUGGGUUUUUGUACGCAAAGUUAUUCUGCAAAAUCCUUUAGUUUUGUACAAAAAGAAAAAUACAUUUGUUUGUAUACGAAGUUGGUGUUUAAUUGAUGAAAUCCUUUGAUGAUUAA